AUGAAGUUACAGGAUUUGAAGAAAGAUGCAAUGAAAGGGGAUGUACAUGUUGCUAAGAAGUUCUCGUGGCAAGCUGCUAUAAGCAGAGCUUCUGGUAUCAAGGUUCAUGAUGAUGUAAAGCUACUGAAGAAGAGAAUCCGCAAGGCAAAGAAGAGGCGCACGAAGAACGCAGAGAAGUGGAAGGAGAGAAUUGAAGAGCAACAGAAGGUUAAAGUGGAGAAACAGCAAAAUAGAUCAGAGAAUAUCUAUGAUAGGAUUCAAGAGAAGAAGAUGAGGAAGAUCUAG